CCUGAGCCGAAGUCGGCCGCUUAACCGACUGAGCCACCCAGGGGCCCCUAUUCUUCCCUUUUUGAAGGAGGUGGUGCCAAAUUGAAGUGUGCAGAGUUUCAUUUAAUAUACUUUCCAAAUAGUAUCUAGAAUUUGCAACAUGAACUGUAGGAUAGGUAAGUUGAUGAGGCAAGAGUCCUAAAAAUAAACCAGAUUUCUGGGUACAAAUAUUAGCCCCACUAUUUAUUAGUUUUGUGUGACUUCAGAUAAGAUACCUAAUGUCUCUGAGUCAUAGUUUCCACAAAUGUACAAUCAGGACAGUAAGUCCUACCAGAGAGAGGAAUUGUCAGAUUUAGCAAUUAACCUAUAUAAUGCAGCCAGCUGAGCACCUGGUAUAUGAUAGGGCUUCAAAAAUAGGAACUAUAUUUCCAUUCUCAUUGUCACUUUAGUUCAGAUCUUGGGAAUGUCUCUUCCAGGCAUUCUAGUAGCUUCCAGUUUUCCUUGUCUAUAGUCCUCUCAUUUGUCCAUUUUGCUUACUCACUAGUAUUUAUAUACCAUUUUCCAUACAAUCUUCUUUAACUUAUACUUAAUAUUGUGCCAUGGCCCAAUUUCCAGAGUAGAGUUCAUACUUCUUAGCAUAGCAUUUAAGGACAUCCGUGAUCUGACUCCAAAUAACAUCUCCUUUAUAAAUACCUUGUGUACUAUUGUCCAUUUCCUCUGCAUGUCUUGAAUUUUUUUCUCUCCAUAAUUUUACUCACGUUUCCCCCUCUAACUACAACACUUUCCAUUUUUACAUAUUGGAAUCCUAUUUAUGCUUUAAAUUCCAGCUUCAAUGCCAUACCAUCCAUGAAAUUUUCCUUAAUCCUUUAGCCAGAAGUGAUCUCUCUACUGAAACUGCUUAACAAUUCUUUAUAUUAAUAGUAAAUGCCUAUGCACUUGCAUAAUGCUAAGCUCAACAGAUACUUACAAUUUGGAUAUUAUGUAACCUGUCUAGAGUAGUUGACAAUACAAACAACUCCCCAUCCAUUUUCUUCUUUUGACUUCCAAAAGCUGGGUUUCUUACUUCCUCUCUGGCUUCCCCUUCUGAGUCUUCUCGGUGGGUGUAUUAGUUUCCUAGAAGUUGCCGUGAAAAUGUACCACAAACUGGAUGGCUUAAAACAACUUACAUUUAUUAUUUCCCAGUUCUGGCUUCUAGAAGUCAAAAUCAAGAUGUUGGCAGGUCCAUGUUCCAUCUGAAGUCUUUAGGGGAGGAUCUUUCUUGACUCUUCUAGCUUCUGGGAGCCCCAGCCUUUCCUUGGCUUGUAGCAACAUAGCUCCAGUCUCGGACUGAAUCUUCACAUCUUCUCUGUCUGCAACAUUCUUUUCCUGGUGUCUCUACUUUCUCUUCUUAUAAGGGCCCCAGUCAUACUGGAUUAAGGCCUAUCCUAGUUGAGAAUGACCACAUAUUAAUUCGAUUAUAUCUGCAAAGACUCUAUUUUCAAAUAAGGUCACAUGUACAAGUAUUAGGUAUUAAGACAUAGCUUUCUGGGAAAAACAAUUUUACUGAUAACAAUGGGGUUCCCAUCGUUUGCCUCUUUUUAAAGUAUUAGGGCUCUUCAGAGUGAUUUCCUAGGCUUCUCUCAGCAGUAAUUUAAAUAAUGACAAAAACUAAAAGAAGUUUUUAGCACCCAAUAUGGUGACUCUCAAGACCCAAGAAUCCAAGUAGGAUGCUCAAGAUAUAGUCUUCUGAUGUAUUUUCCUAGACUACAGCUACUUUCCCUUAGCUUUUCUUUUCAAAGCACAUUUACGAUGGAUUCUUUAAAAAAAUUCAAUGAGUGUUAUUUUUAAAAAAGAGAAGAAGAGAAUUUAAUAAGUCAACAUUGAAAAUGUGAAAGUUAUAUGAGAUAGAUAUGCACUGGUCCUCACCUUUUUUUCCUUCACAUAGAAAACAAGAAAUGAUUCCCCACUGGGAGCAUAAUUGUUACGGACUACUGAAUUUUUUUCUACUCCAACAUUUGUAUGUUGAAGUCCUAACCUCCAAUACCUCAGAAUUUGAUUGUGUUUGGAGAUAGGGCCUUCAAAGAGGUGAUUAAGUUGAAAUGAGACCAUUAGGGUGGACCAUAAUCUAAUCUGACUGGUGUCCUUAUAAGAAGAAAUUUGUACACAUUCAGAGACACCACCCAGAAUGUUAAUACAGAAAAGAUUAGAGAGAUGAAGGUGGGGCUUGAUAAGGAGGGGAGGGAGAGAAGGAGAGAAGAGGAAAAGAAGAAAGAAGAAUGGAAGAAAGACCAAUUUGUUGGUAUCAUUUGUGUCAUGCUGAGAUUCGACUACCCCUGCACAUUUCAACUACAUAAGCGAAUAGAUACCACCCCUUCUCCCCAUACUCUUUUUCUCCUUAUGCUGAUUUGGGAUUCUGUUAACUUGAAUGCAAAGCAUCUGACUAACCCAUCCUUCUUACCCGUUUUGGUUCUUUUGUUUACAUCUUCUAUUGAGGUGGCAUUUCAGAGGACAUCUUUAGCAGUAUGGACAUUUAUCUGACCUCUCACAAAGGACAUGUGAUAAUAGACUGUGUCUUGAGUCUCAGAAACACAGACUGGGAGUGAACUCAGGCUCUGAAGAUUAAGAGAAGUAUCCUAAAUUAGGGGAAAAGAAGAAAGCCAAGGGUGAAACAAAGAGAGCUAAGUUGAUACACCGUUGAGAAAGAGGCCCUGCAUACUGUAGAUGAAUCCUUCACUAAUCAACACCCUGCUGAGAUCUUCCAUGUGGCAGAGAACCUGGCUGCUGGAAGCUGCCGCUCACAGCCACACUUAUUCACCACCAUAGGAGGGGAAAAUGCUGCUGAACCCUUUGACGCCCACCCCUUGAUCCUCCCGACCCAGCUUCUGUUUGAAAAGCUUCAGAGAUCAAUGUUCACUACCCAUCUAUUGGUGUUCCCACCCCAUAGAACUGAGACAGAAGAGAAGAGGACAUGGAGGAGAAGGCCAUACAAAGAUGGAGGCAGAGAUUGGAGUGAUGCAGCCAUAAGCCAAUGAAUUCCUGGAGCCACCAGAAGCUGGACUAGGCAAGGGAAGUUUCCCUCCUAGACUUUUGGGAAGGAGUGCGGACCUGAUUUUGGAGUUCUGGCCUUCAGAAGAGACUGCAAGAGAAGUAAAGUGGUCAUUUAGUCCAGCCUAGCACAGACGCGUCUCCUUCCUACUUUGGAAACUGAAAGGACUGCGACAUAAACCAGUCUACUCUCUGAAGUAAGAUGAUUUGUCAAAAAUUCUGUGUGGCUUUGUUACAUUGGGAAUUUAUUUAUUUGAUAACUGCAUUUAACUUGGCAUAUCCAGUUACUCCCUGGAGAUUUAAGUUGUCAUGCAUGCCACCAAACACAACCUAUGACUUUCUCUUGCCUACUGGAAUCUCAAAGAACACUUCAAAUGUGAAUGAACAUUAUGAGGCAGUUGUUGAAGCUAAAUUUAAUUCAAGUAGUACCUACUUUUCUAAUUUAUCUUCCAAAACAACUUUUCACUGUUGCCUUUGGAGCGAGGAAGAUAAAAACUGUUCUGUACAUGCAGAUGACGUGGAAGGGAAGGCAUUUGUUGCAACAGUGAAUUCUUUAGUUUUCCAACAAAUAGGUGCAAACUGGAACAUACAGUGCUGGACGAAAGAGGACUUGGAAUUAUUCAUCUGCUAUAUGGAGUCACUAUUUAAGAAUCCUUUCAAGGCUUAUGACCUUAAGGUCCAUCUUUUAUAUGUUCUGCCUGAAGUGUUAGAAGAGUCCCUUCCGGUCCCCCAGAAGGGCAGUUUUCUGACUGUUCAGUGUAACUGCAGUGUUCGUGACAGCUGUGAAUGCCAUGUGCCUGUGCCCACAGCCAAACUCAACCACACUCUUCUUAUGUAUUUCAAAAUCACGUCUGGUGGAGUAAUUUUUCAGUCACCUAUGAUGUCAGUUCAGCCCAUAAAUGUUGUGAAGCCUGAUCCACCAUUAGGUUUACAUAUGGAAAUCACAGACACUGGCAAUUUAAAAAUUUCUUGGUCCAGCCCAACAUUGGUACCAUUUCAACUUCAAUAUCAAGUGAAAUAUUCAGAGAAUUCUUCAACAAAUAUGAGAAAAGCUGAUGAGAUUGUCUCAGCUACAUCUCUGCUGGUAGACAGUGUGCUUCCUGGGUCUUCAUAUGAAGUUCAAGUGAGGGGCAGGAGACUGGAUGGCCCAGGACUCUGGAGUGACUGGAGCGCCCCUCUGAUCUUUACCACACAAGAUGUCAUAUACUUUCCACCUAAAAUUCUGACAAGUGUCGGGUCUAACGUUUCUUUUCACUGCAUUUAUAAAAAUGAAAACAAGAUUGUUUCCUCAAAAAAGAUUAUUUGGUGGAUGAAUUUAGCUGAGAAAAUUCCUCAAAGCCAGUAUCAUGUCAUGGGUGACCAUGUUAGCAAAGUUACUUUUCGCAGUUUGAAGGCAACCAAACCUCGAGGGAAGUUUACCUACGAUGCAAUAUACUGCUGCAAUGAGCAUGAAUGCCACCAUCGCUAUGCUGAAUUAUAUGUGAUUGAUGUCAAUAUCAAUAUAUCAUGUGAAACUGAUGGGUACUUAACUCAAAUGACUUGCAGAUGGUCAACCAAUGCAAUCCAACCACUCGUGGGAAGUACUUUGCAGUUGAGGUAUCAUAGGAGCAGCCUUUACUGCUCUGAUGUUCCAUCUAUUCAUCCCAUAUCUGAAUCUAAAGAUUGCCAUUUGCAGAGAGAUGGUUUUUAUGAAUGCGUAUUUCAGCCAAUCUUUCUAUUGUCCGGCUAUACAAUGUGGAUUAGAAUCAAUCACUCUUUGGGUUCACUUGACUCUCCACCAACGUGUGUUGUUCCUGAUUCUGUGGUGAAACCACUGCCUCCAUCCAGUGUGAAAGUGGAAAUUACUGUAAAAAUUGGAUUAUUGAAAAUAUCUUGGGAAAAGCCAGUCUUUCCAGAGAAUAAUCUUAAAUUCCAGAUUCGCUACGGCUUAAGUGGGAAAGAAGUACAGUGGAAGAUGUAUGAGGUGCAUGAUGCAAAAUCCAAUUCUGCCAGCGUCCUGGUGCCAGAUCUGUGUGCUGUCUAUGCUGUUCAGGUGCGCUGUAAGAGGCUGGAUGGGCUGGGAUAUUGGAGCAAUUGGAGUAGUCCAGCCUACACAGUUGUCACAGAUAUAAAAGUUCCUACCAGAGGACCUGAAGUUUGGAGAAUAAUUAAUGAAGACACCACUAAAAAAGAGAGAAAUGUUACUUUACUUUGGAAGCCUCUGAUGAAAAAUGACUCAUUGUGUAGUGUAAGAAAAUAUGUGGUAAAACAUCAUACUUCCCGCAAUGGAACAUGGUCAGAAGAUGUGGGAAAUCAUACUCAAUUCACUUUCUUGUGGACAGAGCAAGCACAUUCUGUUACAGUUCUGGCCGUCAAUUCAAUUGGUGCUUCUUUUGUGAAUUUUAAUUUAACAUUCUCAUGGCCUAUGAGCAAAGUAAAUACCGUGCAGUCACUCAGUGCUUAUCCUUUAAACAGCAGUUGUGUGUUUCUUUCCUGGAAAUUAUCACCCAGUGAUUACUCUCUGAUGUAUUUUAUUACUGAGUGGAAAAUUCUUAAUGAAGACAGUGAAACUAAAUGGCUUAGAAUCCCUUCAUCCGUUAAGAAGUAUUAUAUUCAUGAUCAUUUUAUUCCCAUCGAGAAGUAUCAAUUCAGUCUUUACCCAGUAUUUAUGGAAGGAGUGGGGAAACCGAAGAUAAUUAAUAGUUUUACCCCAGAUGAUAUUGAAAAACGCCAGAAUGAUGCAGGUCUAUAUGUAAUUGUGCCAAUAAUUAUUUCCUCUUCAAUCUUAUUGCUUGGAACAUUAUUAAUAUCACACCAAAGAAUGAAAAAGAUGUUUUGGGAAGAUGUUCCAAACCCCAAGAACUGUUCCUGGGCACAAGGACUUAAUUUUCAGAAGAGAAUGGAUAUUCUUUGAAGCUUAAUCAUGAUCACAACUGAUGAACCCAAUUCUUCCCAACAUUCUGUAGAGUAUUAGAAGAUUUUUACAUUUUGAAGAAGGGGAGACAAAUCUAAAAAAAUAUUUGGUUGAACUAUUGAGAACUAACAUAUAGUGGAUGAUGCUGAUUUAGAACUUAAAUAGAAGGGUAAAUUUGGGGUCAAGAUGUAGGUCUCAGUCCACUGCAUUUUGAAUAUAUGCUUACUUUUCAGGUCACAUGAAGUUUAACAAGUAAUAUUCAUGGUGUCUGGCUUUUGAUUUAUCAUUUGGAUGGUGGUCAUAAAACGUUAAAAACUAUGACUGUUGCUCUUCCCAUGGGUCUAUUAGAUAUUAUCAGAUAUGUAGUAGACAGUGCUGUAACUAGAUGAAAGCUACAACUUCUGACACAUAACUUUGCAAACACAAUGAAUCUAAUUAUAAAAUACAGUAAAACUAUUUAGCUAAUAUUUUCACAUCCCAAAUUUUCCAUUUUAUAUUCUUCUCUAGACAUCUGAGCUUAUAAACUGACCCACUUGGGUGUUGUUUUGAAUGUCUUAUAGCUUUUAUGUCUAUCUAACUUUGGUCAAUCUGGGAAUUUCUAUCGUUGGUAUCCUUGCAAAUGGCUUAUGUGCUAACUUCUGUUUCAGUUCAAAGAAAGCCAGAAGUUAGGGUUUGUGCUGGUCACAGGCCAAUGGAAGUUACAGUUCGUAUCAGGAUGACCUGACAUAUCCAGGUCAGACUGACCAGAUCAGAAAACACAUCAGUCUCCAAUUCAGCCUCUUUGGAAAUUCCUUCUUAAAUUUAUUUACACUGAACCACCCAAAGCUUCUGGCAGGCAUAGAAGUACACAGUGAUGCAAAAAGGGAGCUUUUCCAACAAGUUCAUGGCAAGGGUAGGACAUUUCUCCCUGAAAAAAAGACCCUUGCUGUUUCUAUGAUGCUAGCAUACUAAGUGUGUUAUGUUGCUCACAUUCAAAAUAAACCAAAGCCUCUGUUUGAUGAACCUAAAUAAUAUUCAAAUUUAGGUAAAGACAGAUCACUAGCAUUUAGAUUUCACUCAGAGUUUUAUUUGAUUACCAAAAAAGACACUAAAAAUGAGGAGCAAUGUGUCCUUUUCCCCUUCAUUGACUUUGAAUAGGUAUCAUUAGAAUGUAAAAUCAAAGUGUGAAAUUAUGAAAGAAUAUUUUUUAAUUCCUACCAGCUGAAUACAUACUUAAUAUGUUCCCAGACUGUUCUAAAAUCUUUAAAAAUUAGGUGCAUAUAAUGAUUAAGAUUUUGUAAUGAACAUACUUUUAAUAAAUGUUGGUGACCCAUUGAUGAAAUAUACCUCAAUAAUAUAUGGGUAUGUGAUUUCUUAUUAAUUAUCUUCCAUCUGGAUGCAUUUGAAGAUAAUUAUUUGGUACCAAUAAUUAGUUACCAGUUAUAAGGUUUUAGAGGACAUGAAAUAUGCCAGAGCCAUCAUCUGAAGAACAUAUAUGAGUCUGCGUGCUGUUGGCUAUUUGUGUGUAUUUUUUGUUUUCAUGUUGAUAGCAUGUAAUUCCUUUAUUUGGUGAUCUUAUUUUCUAGGUUCAUUGAAAUUUUAAGAAAUUCAAGACACACAGAGUAGCAAGUUUAAGAAAAAACAAUAUGAGAAAAUAAAUAUUUGAAGCAAAUCAUAAAACUAAUGAUAAAUUUCUGUCAGAAAAAAAGGCAUAGGAACAGUUUUCAUAUAUUAUGUUCAUAAAUAACAGAGAAGGUUGUGUUAACAUGAUGUUUGUCAUUAUGUAGUAUUUUAAUAUCUAUAUAAAUGUAUUCCAUUUUUUAUCAUAUUUAGCAUUUGGUAUAUUUAUUCUUUAUGGUUAUAAUCACAAAUAUAUUUCAUUUAAGAAUUUAGAACUGUGCUAAUGAAUUAUGUUUUUAUAUGAAAUAUAUUUGCAAUUAUGAAGAAUAGUUGGGGAUACUGUUAUUUCAGGGAAUAAAUUUGAAUUCAUUCUGGUAGUUUAAAAAUUGUAAAAUUCAGGGGCACCUGGGUGGCUUAGUCGGUUGGGCGUCUGACUUUAGCUCGGGUCAUGAUCUCACAGUUUGUGAGUUCAAGCCCCACAUCGGGCUAUGCGCUGACAGCUCAGAGCCUGGAGCCUGUUUUGGAUUCUGUGUCUCCCUCUCUCUCUGCCCCUCCCCUGCUCACACUCUGUCUCUGUCUCCCUCAAAAAUAAAUAAACAUUAAAAAAUUUUUUUAAAUAAAAAAAAUAAAAAUAAUUGUAAAAUUCAAAAGGUCAAUCAUAUGUAUGUUUCACAAAUUGAACACAUUUUCAGUAGCACUUCCUUUAGUUGCGUUAAUUUUUCAAUGUGAUGUGUCCACAGUGUUCUUUAUUUUGCACUUAUUUUUCAAUAUGUUUACAUUGUAUGAGUUGAGCUUUUUACACACAGAUUCUUGAUUUGUAGCUGCUUGGCAGGAUUUUUUGUUGUGAUGUAACCAGCAUUCUUAUAAAAGAUACGAUGUGCA